CCGGCACUCUUGCAUCGACUGCUCUGGCCUGGGCCGGUCACGUGUUGAAGGCGGGGAAACAAGAUGGAGGCGCCGGCCCAGGAAGUGCAGCUCGCCGCCGUCAAAAAGCCUGCAGUGCGAGGGCCUCGACGUGUAGCCAAUCAAAUCCCUGAUGAAAUAAGCAAUGACGCCGAGUUAAAGGAGGCCAUGAAAGUCUUACCUGCAAACUACAACUUUGAGAUCCCGAAGACUGUAUGGCGAGUGAGACAAUCCCAGGCUACACGAGUGGCUCUGCAGCUUCCGGAGGGCCUGCAGAUGUUUGCCUGUGCCAUCGCCGACAUCAUUGAAAGGUUCACGAAAGCGGACACCAUCGUGAUGGGGGACGUGACGUACGGGGCGUGCUGCGUGGACGACUUCACCGCCCGGGCCUUGGGCGCAGACUUCAUGGUGCACUACGGCCACAGCUGUCUGGUGCCCGUGGACUCCACCGGCGGCAUCAAGAUGCUCUACGUCUUUGUGGACAUCCAGAUGGAUAAUGCACACUUCCUGGACACGGUCAAGUUCAACUUCGCCCCCGGACAGUCCCUGGCGCUCGUCAGCACCAUUCAGUUCGUGGCUGCACUGCAGGCUGUGAGCGCCGCCCUCAAGACGGACUAUGAGGUUCUGGUCCCGCAGUGUCGACCUCUGUCGCCGGGGGAAAUCCUGGGCUGCACCUCUCCUCGCUUGGACCGCAAUGUCAACGCCAUUAUUUAUCUGGGAGAUGGACGAUUUCACCUGGAGUCGAUCAUGAUUGCAAAUCCCGAUAUUCCUGCCUACAGGUAUGACCCCUACAGUAAGGUCUUCUCCAGGGAAUACUAUGACCACGAGGCGAUGCGGGCUUUGAGGCUGGAGGCCAUUGACAAGGCUCGCUCUGCCCAGAGAUGGGGCCUCAUUUUGGGCACGCUCGGCCGUCAGGGAAGCCCAAAAGUUAUGGACCACCUGGAAUCCAAGCUGCAGGCGCUGGGCAAGCGCUUCACUCGAGUCCUUUUGUCGGAGAUUUUCCCCAGCAAGUUGGAUCUGCUGCCUGACGUCGACGCAUGGGUCCAGAUUGCGUGUCCUCGCCUGUCAAUCGAUUGGGGCUCGGCCUUCUCCAAACCCCUGCUGUCUCCCUACGAGGCAGCAGUGGCUCUCCAGGAGAGCGCCUGGAAGGAGGUCUACCCCAUGGACUUCUACUCCAACCAGAGCCUGGGGCCCUGGACCCCCAACCACCCGGACCACCGGCCGGUGCGGGCGCCGCGCACCCAGGCUCAGAAGCCGGGCUGCCCGCCAGGCAAGGUGUGCCCCCAGACUCAGUGCACUCCCGGUGGCUGCUAACCAGGCGGCAUUGACUCGGAAAGUGGGAAUUGGGUGCAGGAAGAAAAACAAGAAAGGUGCAAAUAGAUCAAACCUGGCUCUGCCUGCAUUUAUUCCACAGAUCGAUAACUCAUGUUUAUGAACGCUUGAAGCUCUUCUUGCUCCUCCCACACCGGAGACACGCCUCCAGGUCUUUGAAGUCAAUGAUGGUGACUUUAAAUAUAAAGCAACCCACUUGACCUUGAAUUGUAUCCACUUUAUUAAAAAAAAGCAUUUUAUUUAUUCACCUUCUGCAAAAGAGUUAAUAAAAAAAAGUCAGUGAUUAUGAA